CUGGCCUCUAAAGCGCAUGCGCAGAUCGUCGUGUGUCAGUGUUGUCACCACAGAUUGUAUAAAACGUUGUUACGUGAUGUUUUAGUUUUGUCGCUUAAUUGUUCAAUUUAAACGUGUAACGCUGACGGACUCUGCAGCGAUGACGGAAGAAGAAAAACAGAUCAACGACAACAAGGGUUUCCGUCUGCCGGGGAUCCAGAGCAUCCAGAGCACUCCGUGUGCCAGAGACGCCAUCCUGCACGGGGCCGGAGGCUCAUUGGCUGCUGGCCUGCUCCACUUUCUAGCCACCAGUCGAGUGAGGAGGUCUUUUGACGUCGGACUCGGAGGAUUCAUGCUCACCACACUCGGGUCCUGGUUUUACUGCAGGUACAACAACGCAAAGGCUCGUGUGCAGCAGAGGAUGAUCCAGGACGGCAUGAAGAACAAGAUUUUGUACGAAGGAUCUGUUCCAGAUCCCGUGAAACAACCCAUAGCAGAAACACCAUCAAGUCCUUCGUGAUGACUGGCUCUAAAUUCUUCCCCGUCCUUUGCUUUGAAAAAGAGAAGAAACAGCGGCGGGCGACCUUAUCACCUAAAGAUCUGAAAUCUCCUCGUCUCUCAAAGUUGACGUCUUCGUUUUCUGCAUGAACGGCUCCUCUUUCUCAUCCUGAGACAUUUGUAUUCUUCAACGGUCAGUUCCAUCACGUGUUAGAAACCUCAUCAACACGUCAACUCACUGUUUUCCUGCUGUAUUCUCACAUGGAUAUUUUACAAUUUCAGGAACAUAUCAGUUGAGUGCAGAUCUGAAAACAAACUCUGGAGUGUCAGGGAUUAAUUUUUUCUGUGUGAAGCUCCUUUCACUAAAUGGUGUGGAAAAAAAGAACAACCAUUGUGUCAUCAGUCUGUGAUGUUGCUGUGUUUCAGUAUCUGCUGUGACUUGUGGUCUGACUCAGUUUACCACUGUUAUUAUGUUCUGCCUCUUCUCAAACAUCUAAGCUACGUCUCUCACAAUAAGUCAUAAAAAGGACGGGACACAGCAGCAAUGUAUCAACAUGCUUCAGCUGAGAUAUUAAUGUCUUUUCUGCAAACCCUUUGAAAUACAUGGUCUUGUAUGUAAACGACAAACAAAAUGCUCAUAUUUAUUUUUCGCUUCUGGAAAAACUGAAUCUCUACAGUUUUCUCUCUGUAUUUAAGAAUCAAAAUCAGUGACACGACAAACUUCAUCUGUUUCAUUUCUCAAACCUCUCUAACCCUAACACUUCAAAUGUUGCUGAUUUAAACCUUAAUUUUUUUUUAUCAUUAAUAUAUAAACUUGAAGUAACAGAAAAUAAACUUGCACUUAUGUAAACAUGUCUAAUGUUCAGUC